AAGUGGGACGGGCAAACAGGAGAAACCUCAGCCCCGUCCCGAUCUGCACGUUUAAUGAGCGCUCCGAUCCUGCAGGAGGAAAAGUCCAGGUGGAACAGUUCCGCGCUCUCUGGUCGCUUUUCAAUGAAAGCGUAAAAAGGAUUUUGGGGAGAAACUGCGCGUGGAUUUACUUUUCUUUAACAGCUAGAGGACAUUUUUAAGAAACCUUCUCAGGUGUUUGGAAGUUAUCUGAGGGAUUCUGGCAGAGCUGCUGAACCUGCACAUCACGAUGAGAGCAUCACUCACUGCCGUCUGCCUCGCGCUCCUCCUGUCCUGCGCCUGCCGGGCCAAACCAAAUGGAUCAAAGAACAAGAAGCCAAAACAAGUCGUUCCUGCCAUAGAGUGUGAUGUCAGAGCGGGAAAGAUCAAUCUCCCAGAGUUCAUAGUGAAGUGCCCCGCCCACUGUAAGGAGACCAAGCAGCAGGUGUAUGGAACCAGCGUGUACGCCUCCAUCUCCAGCAUCUGCAACGCCGCCAUCCACAGCGGGGUCGUCACGAACGCCGGAGGGAAGGUGAUCGUGAGGAAGAUGGCCGGGCAGAACGUCUACAAAGGCAGCAACUCGUACGGCGUGCGCUCGCUGUCUCUGCCCAAGUGGAGGGAGUCGUUUGUCGUCUCAGUGGGGAAGCCGAAGAAAGGAGUGAUCUACCCGUCCACUCUGGACUACGUCCCCUCCAGACCCACGUACGUCAAAACAGGUCAGAAGGAGGCCAAAACCACGGCGCUGCCCACGACGACAGCACCUGAACCUACCACGACUACAACACCUGAACCCACCACGACUACAACCACCACGCCGGCUCCGACCACCACCGCACCCCCGACCCCGCCCACCACCACCACCAAGGCUCGGGCUGCGGUGCAUAAAGUCAGAGAUGCAGGCAGCAGCCACCCGUACCUCGCCUCUGUGGCCGCCGCCAGCUCAAGACAGUCACAGAGCAGCCAGGCAAAGACUCACAGCCAAGUCUUCAGAGGAAGUGCCUAUCCCAAUAGAUUCCCACAGCGUGCCAGUGCAGGUCUGCGCAGACCAGAGGCCGGCUCGGCUAUCAGGAGGCAGCCGACCUCUCCAGUGGGCUCAGCUUUUAACAGAGUUCAGCCGGCCCCGCCCGAGCGGACUUCAACCAUGAGCCAGGCCAACCCGGCUUUUCCCAGAAGGGAGUGGGCGCCCCCCCCUGUCUCUCGUCCUGAUUGGUUCCCUGGUGCUCGACGACCAACAGAUGUUAGUUAUGGAGCUCCAGACUCUGGAUACACGUGGAGCGAGACAGACACGCCUGAGAUGACAGCUCGGGAUCACAGGCCUGAUAUGUCAGAAUAUGAGCGCUGGUUUUAUAACUUUGGACCGCACCCGCCUCGCUCCUCCGACUCAGAAGGGAACCGUAAAGUCCCGCUGGACGCCACCCACACCCGAGUGGAGUCAGUGGACGCCUGGAAGCCAGAAGCUAACCUUUAUGAAUCAGGCUUCAGCGCCAGAGAACAAGAACCUGCACCCAGAGCACCCGAGCCCAUGUCACAGGGAGACCUGAACUGUAAGGUGGACCUGGCCUUCCUGAUGGACGGGAGCUGGAGCAUCGGGAAGAGACGCUUCAAGAUCCAGAAGGACUUCCUCGCCGAGGUCGCUCAGACCAUCAAUGUGGGCGUGGCCGGACCCAUGAUGGGAAUCAUCCAAUACGGGGACGACCCGGUGACCGAGAUCAGUCUGAAGUCUUACUCGAACUCCAGAGAGGUCAAGUCUGCCGUGGAUAAGAUCGUGCAGAAAGGAGGCCUCUCCAACGUGGGAAAGGCCCUCACCUACAUCAACAGGCAGUACUUCAGUGACGCCAACGGCAACCGAGGAGGUGCUCCUAACGUGGCCGUGGUUCUGGUGGACGGCUGGCCCACGGACAAGGUGGACGAGGCGUCUCGGCUCGCCCGGGAGUCCGGCAUCAACAUCUUCUUUGUCACCAUCGAGGGACCCGACGACAACGAGAAACAAAACCUGGUGGAGGCCAACUUUGUCGACAAGGCCGUGUGUCGGACUAACGGUUUCUUUUCGCUGCCCGUGACCAGCUGGUUCGCUCUGAGGAAGGCGGUCCAGCCUCUGGUGAAGCGGGUGUGCGACACGGACCGCCUGGUGUGCAGCAAGACCUGCCUGAACGCCAACGACAUCGCCUUCGUCAUCGACGGCUCCAGCAGCGUGGGGACGGGAAACUUCCGCACGGUGCUGCAGUUCGUGGCCAACGUGACGCGGGAGUUCGAGAUCUCAGACACGGACACGCGGGUCGGCGCCGUGCAGUACACGUACGAGCAGAGGCUCGAGUUCGCCUUCGGUCAGUACAACAACAAGAACGAGCUGCUCAACGCCAUCAAACGCGUCAACUACUGGAGCGGCGGGACGAGCACCGGGGCCGCCAUCACGUACGCCGCGGAGCAGCUGUUCAGCAAAUCCAAACCCAACAAACGCAAGAUCAUGAUCGUCAUCACAGACGGACGCUCCUACGAUGACGUCAGAGCGCCGGCACUCGCUGUGCAUCGCCAAGGUGUGAUCGCCUACUCCAUCGGCAUUGCGUGGGCCGCACAGGACGAGCUGGAGUACAUCGCCACCGACCCCGAUAAGGAGCACUCGUUCUUCGUGGACGAGUUCGACAACCUCUACAAGUUCGUUCCCAAAAUCAUCCACAACAUCUGCCAGGAGUUCAACUCGCAGCCGAGGAACUGAGGAGGGAGGAGACGAGGAGAGGAGGAGGGAGGAGACAAGGAGAGGAGGA